AUGUCUACGCAAUCUGCUCCUACCCGUGUUACCACCUCGGACAUUGACACGGUCAUGGACUACGCUAAGACCGGAAAUGUCACCGCUUUGGAGAGAAAGGUCGCAGAGUUGGCUACGAAGCAUGAAACCACCGCAGCUAUCUUGCUUACCAGCCGGUUGCUCAACAACAAGGGACAGACGGUCCUCCAUCUUGCCUCAGCCUAG